GCGGCUGCGGCGGCUGUCUGGGCUCCUGCGGGCGGCCGGGCCCGCCUGUUCCGCUGCCACCGUCGUGCGUGGUGCUGGGGCGACGGAGCCGCGUUUAAUCCCUCCCUCCCUCCGCUCUCCCCGCCUCCCGCUACCGUCAGCCCCGUCUCCCCGCGCGCCUGGGACCUCUGUGUCAAAGCCGCCCCCUCAGCAAGAUGCCCCCAAAAAAGGGAGGUGAUGGAAUUAAGCCACAUCCAAUCAUUGGAAGAUUUGGGACUUCAUUGAAAAUUGGUAUCGUUGGAUUACCAAAUGUUGGGAAAUCUACAUUCUUCAAUGUCCUAACAAAGAGCCAGGCAGCAGCAGAAAACUUCCCAUUCUGUACUAUUGAUCCUAAUGAGAGUCGAGUACCGGUACCAGAUGAUAGAUUUGAUUUUUUGUGCCAGUAUCACAAACCUCCAAGCAAAAUUCCAGCCUUUUUGAAUGUAGUUGAUAUUGCUGGCCUUGUGAAAGGAGCUCAUGCUGGACAAGGGCUAGGAAAUGCCUUUUUGUCUCACAUAAGCGCCUGCGAUGGAAUCUUUCAUCUAAUGCAUGAUGUCAUGCUGGUUGCUUCACAUCCUUCUGGAAGAGAUGAUUUUGUCCUGGCUGUCCAGAUAAGAAAAAUACAAGUGGAGGAAGAAGGAUCAUUUGAAGAUGAUGACAUCACUCACAUCGAAGGAAGUGUAGAUCCUGUUCGAGAUAUAGAAAUAAUACAUGAAGAGCUUCGACUUAAAGAUGAGGAAAUGAUAAUGCCCAUAAUAGAUAAACUAGAAAAGGUGGCUGUGAGAGGAGGAGACAAGAAAUUAAAACCUGAAUAUGACAUAAUGUGCAAAAUAAAAACUUGGGUUAUAGAUGAAAAGAAACCUGUACGCUUCUAUCAUGAUUGGAAUGACAAAGAGAUUGAGGUGUUGAAUAAACACUUGUUUCUGACUUCAAAACCAAUGAUCUACUUGGUUAACCUUUCAGAAAAGGACUACAUAAGAAAGAAAAACAAAUGGUUGAUAAAAAUUAAAGAGUGGGUAGACAAGCAUGACCCAGGUGCCUUGGUCAUUCCUUUUAGUGGGGCCUUGGAACUCAAGUUGCAAGAAAUGAGUGCUGAGGAGAAACAGAAGUAUCUGGAAGAGAACAUGACACAAAGUGCUUUGCCAAAGAUCAUUAAGGCUGGCUAUGCAGCACUCCAACUAGAAUACUUUUUCACUGCAGGCCCAGAUGAAGUACGUGCAUGGACCAUCAGGAAAGGGACGAAGGCUCCUCAGGCAGCAGGAAAGAUUCACACCGAUUUUGAAAAGGGAUUUAUUAUGGCUGAAGUAAUGAAAUAUGAAGAUUUUAAAGAGGAAGGCUCAGAAAAUGCUGUCAAGGCUGCUGGGAAAUACAGACAACAAGGUAGAAAUUACAUAGUUGAAGAUGGAGAUAUUAUCUUCUUUAAAUUUAAUACACCUCAACAACCUAAGAAGAAAUGAAUUUUAAAUAUUGCUCAUUGCUCAGAAAUAAACAAUGCUAUUUCAAAGAGUCAUAUGAAUUUUUAUUUUGGUAAAAAUAAUUGAAAAACAACAACACAAAUUCACUUAGGGGAAAAAAAAAUCUUUCUCCAAAUGAAAUCACUCUUACUUGUUUAAAAUUAAAAUAUGGUACCUCCAGUGAACAUGCAAGUUUACUAAAUGUGAACAGCUUUGCUUUUCAAAUGAUUAAGACCCUCUUCCAAAUUGUAGAAGCUUUUCAGGAACCAUAUUACUCUCAUGAUACUUCAUUAAUCUCCAUCAUGUAUGCCAAACCUGACACAUUUGACAGUGAGGACAAUGUGGCUUGCUCCUUUUUGAAUCUACAGAUAAUGCAUGUUUUACAGUACUCCAGAUGUCUACACUCAAUAAAACAUUUGACAAACCCA